AUGGAUUGUAAAAUUCUUGCUUGGAAUUGCAGGGGAGUGGGUAGUAGGAAUUUCCUACGUGUCUUCAGAGAAUAUCGCAGAAAAUUCAAACCUCGUAUUGUGAUUAUUGUUGAACCAAGGAUAAGUGGGGACCGAGCGCUUGAUGUUAUUUGGGACAUGGGAUAUGAUAGCUCUCAUGUGGUCGAUGCCCAGGGGUUUUCGGGGGGCAUUUGGGUGCUCUGGAAUGCUUGUGACUUUGUAAUAACUAGGAUGUACUCUCACCCUCAAUGCCUCCAUGUGCAGGUGCAUGACCCGAAUUCUAAUGGCCAGAACUGGUGCCUGUCGGCGAUAUAUGGGAGCCCUGCGGAAGUUCAGCGAAGAGCUUUGUGGGAGGAAAUUCGGAGGAUGAACGAGGACAUGGCGCUCCCAUGGAUGCUCGUAGGAGAUUUUAACGCCAUCAUCAGCCCAAGUGAGAAGCUCGGUGGUGCACCGUUUGACUCAUCGAGAAUUCGGGAUUUUCAGGAUGUGGUUCAGGACACUGGAUUGAACGAUUUGGGUUUCAAUGGCCCGACCUAUACCUGGUUCAGAACAGGCCUCAGAGAAAGACUCGAUAGAGGGAUGGCAAACAAUGCUUGGCUGGAAGAAUUCCCUGAAACAACAGUCAGACAUGUGCCCAGAAUGAAAAAAUCCGAUCAUCGGCCGCUAUUCGUUUCAAUGCGAAAUGAGGCCUUGCCAGGGGGGGCAAAGCCGUUCCGCUUCUUGGCGGCGUGGCUGACGCACGAUGGGUUCCAGGCAAUGGCAGAUGCUGCUUGGGCUAAGGGAAGCUCGUUUACCGAUUCAGCAGCGGCCUUUGCACGGGACGCCACUAACUGGAACAGGAGAGUGUUCGGCCAUAUUCUGAGGAAGAAGGAAGAUCUGCUCAGGAGGAUUGAAAGACUUGAGAAUGCCGGGGGAGGUGAUGGAGCGAAUGAGCAACUUUCCCAGGUCCAAGAGGAGCUCGAAAUCAUUCUUUUCCAGGAAGAGCUCCUUUGGUAUCAGAAAUCUAGACUAGACUGGCUUGCUUCGGGAGACAAGAACACAACUUAUUUCCACGCAAGGACGGUGAGACGUCGGAAAAGAAAUCGUAUUCUCCUGCUGAAAAAUGGGGAGGGAGAAUGGAUAGACGACCCCUUUGCUCUUAUGGAGCUAGCGCGCACAUACUUUAGCAACCUGUACACAGAGGAAGGAGGCGAGCUGGAUGUACUACAGGCUGAGUUUCCCACCCUUGAUAGCUCGCUCUGGGCAGGGGUAGCGAGGGACCCGGAUGCGGAGGAAGUCAAGAAAGCGAUCCGUGCGAUGGGGGCAUUCAAAGCACCCGGGAAAGAUGGUCUGAAUCCCAUCUUCUUCCAGAAGUGCUGGGAAACUGUGGGACCUUCCCUUGUCCAGUUUAUUCUUGACUGUUGGGCCAAUUCAGGGAAGAUCAGGGAAGCUAAUUCGACAAUCUUGGUGCUAAUUCCGAAGGUCUUGCAGCCGAUAUCCAUUGAGCAGUUUCGGCCCAUCAGCCUGUGUAAUGUGGCAUAUAAAGCAUUGACAAAGUGCUUGGCGGAACGGUUGAAGAGUCUCAUGCCAUCUCUUGUCCAUGAGACCCAAACCAGUUUUGUGCCAGGACGCCAUAUCACAGAUUUCAUUUGCAUCCUGCAGGAGGUGGUGCACUCAAUGCGCGCGCGCAAGGGGAAGCGGGGGUGGAUGGUCUUGAAGAUAGACCUCGCUAAAGCGUAUGAUCGGAUUAGAUGGGGUUUUGUUCGCGAUACCCUCGAAGCAACUGGUGCCCCAGCAAAAUUUGUGGACAUAACAAUGGCGUGCAUCUCCUCGGCCUCUAUGCAAAUUCAGUGGAAUGGGGGCCUCACUGAGAGCUUCCAGCCGUCGCGCGGGUUACGCCAGGGAUGCCCGCUGUCGCCCUAUCUCUUCACCCUGUGCAUGGAGAGAUUAGGGCAUAUCAUUGACGAUUCGGUCCGAUCUGGCAGGUGGCAGCCUAUACGCCUUUCUAGCACAGGGCCGGCGCUAUCCCACAGUUUCUUCGCCGAUGAUCUGAUCAUCUUCGGGGAAGUGUCAGUUUCCCAAGCUCAGGAGAUCAAUGCUUGCUUCGAGAGAUUUGGGGCUUCAUCAGGACAACAGAUUAGCAAACCUAAAUCACGAAUAUACUUCUCAGCUAGUGUGACGGAUACGCAUAAGCAAAGCCUCAGUCAGGAACUUGGAAUUCCGGUAACGACAAACCUGGGGCGCUACUUGGGGGUUCCCGUGAUUCAUGAUAGAGUGUCAAAAGCUACCUUUACGGACCUGAUUGACAGGAUUGAUAGACGCCUAGCGGGGUGGAAGGCUGCGUCUCUGUCGCUUGCAGGGCGAAUCACGCUAGCGCAAUCCGUGAUCUCAUCGCUACCGGCUUACACUAUGCAGACGACCUUGCUCCCAGCAAGUGUGUGUGGCUACAUUGAUAAAAAGAUUAGGGCGUUCAUCUGGGGAAGUACCGAACAAGGGAGAAAAGUGCACCUGAUCAACUGGGACACUAUCUGUCGGCCCAAAGAGGAGGGAGGCUUAGGGCUGCGAGAUUCUACAAGAACCAAUGAAGCUUACAUGCUGAAGAUCGCCUGGAGAAUGCUUACUAAGCCAGACGAUCUCUCGGCGAGGGUUAUUCGAGGGAAAUAUGGGAAACAGACGGAAGAGGGAUGGAUGUUUCGCAGUACGGGAAGGCUGUCUAAUCUCUGGCGAGGGGUGAUGCGCGUCGCACAUCUGAUCGAGGGGGCAACUGCAUGGAAUGUUCGAAAUGGCAAAGUGGCUAGAUUUUGGAGCGAUAGAUGGCUGGAUGAUGAUGUCGUCCUCAGAGACCAUGCGCCCGACCUGGCGCCGGAAGUGUGCAACAUGCCAGUGAUCGACUUCGUACUCAACGGUGAGUGGAACCUGGAUUAUUUGCGGCAGUACUUACCCCCUGUUCUUGUUUCGCAGGUAGGAUCGCACCCUGUCCCGGCGGAAGAGGUUGACGAUGUUCGGGUGUGGAGAUUCUCGGAACGGGGGGAGUUCACCCUCCGGACGGCGUACGAGUUGACCGAACGGGCGGCGAGCACAACCAACAGUCAGCCGGUGUGGCGAACCAUCUAG